AUGGCGAACUGGGCAGAACUGCCCCACGAACUCCUUGUUCUGAUUGCAAAGCAUGUUAAAGUGAUAGAAGAUUUUAUUGAUUUUCGUGCUGUUUGUACCUCUUGGCGACCUGCUGCUACGAAGGAAAACUUUGAUGUGUUUUCGUUCAAAGUUCCGUUGCUAAUGCUGGCUGAUAAAGACGAUGAUUAUCGAGAAUUUUACUCUCUUUCCAAAGGGAAAGUCUCACAUAUAUUAUAUCUCCCAGAAGCUAUAAGGCGAGAGUGUUUUCCAUAUGAGGAAUGGCUGUUCACCAUGUCAUAUUACGAAGAGUUUAACUUGUUGCAUCCUUUUUCCCGUACCCAAAUUCAACUUCUUUUGCAAAAAGCCUUAUUGGCUUUACAGGGUUUCGUUGAAGUACCAAAAGAAGAAAUCUAUCACAUCAUCGACAGAGCUGUCUUAUCUGUUAAUCCUUCUCGUACAUCAGAUUAUGUACUAGUGGUUUCCUAUUGGCCUAGUAUUUCUCAACCAAUUGUCGAGUCACACCUAUUUUGGCUUGACGAUAAUCCGAAUCUGUUUCGCCAGAAGAAGUAUUCAAUCAACUUCUACCUAGUUGAGGUAGACGAUAAACUUUUACUUGUUAACCGAUUUGCCCUUCCUCGACGAGAACGAAAUGAGCCUCCGAGAGAGGAAGGAGAUGGUCCAAAGACAUUUAAAUUUGAAGUACAUGAACUAGAUGUAAUCAAUGGUAAAAUGAAAAAGAUUAAUACCUUGGGAGAUUUAGCUAUUUUUUUGAGUGUUAAUGGAGCAAGUUUCGUUGAGUCUUCUAAGUUUACUAGAGUCAAGCCUGAUCACAUAUAUUUUACUGAUGAUUGGCGUGAGGAAAAUGCCGUAUUGGAAGAUGGUGGUGGAAGAGAUAUGUGUGCUUAUAAUCUUGAAGAUGGAUACGUUGAAUCUUUUUAUCCUGAAUAG